AUGAGCCGCCUCGUCAGCAGAUCGGCUCCCGGUGGAGUUUGCGUUGUCAACCGAGACGACUUUGUGAAAUCCUUCAGAGAUGUACCGAAAAUUGUGGGUUUGUAGAGAAAGCAUCGAAAAAAGUCAAUUUUUGUGCAGACCAUCACCUCGCUGGCCGAUGUGAAAGCGAAUAUCGAUGGGGCGAUCGGAAUUUUGUCAAAAUCUCAAGAAGAUUGGACGAAACGAAUGAAUCAGGUUAGAAAUAUAAUUGUUUCGUAAAUCAUCACUGAAAAUUUGCAGCUAAAAGCAGUGCGAUCGAUAGUUUUGUACGGAGAAGACGUUGUCGGGAAGGAUCAGCUUCUUGGACAGCUCGUUCGUCUCACCGACUGUCUGGAUCUUUCCGUAAAAGAUUUACGCUCACAAAUUCUCAGAGAAGCGGCAGUCACAUGCAGGUUUGCUCUUUGAGCUUUUUUGCAAUAAAAUCUCAAUUUUUCAGUUUCCUCGUCGAGCACUACGGCUCAGAGGUUCAUCAAAUCGCUGAUCGGUGCCUUCCGACGGCCUUCACGCAGGUGUCGUCGAGCACAAAAGUUAUGGCCACUUCUGCGAGCACACUUACACAGUUUAUCGUUCAGGUGCUCAUUUUUUAGCCUAAUAUGUUCGAAGAAAGACUAAAAUUGCUUUCAGUACGUCCAAACGAAACAAAUUUUCACAACAAUUAUCUCGUACGCGACUUCGAAAGACAAAAAUCAACGACGUCACCUGGCGACGCUUCUGGAGGUCGUCAUCGAGCACUGGAACGAAAAGAUGAAGAAGAUGGUGAUGGGACAGGUUUGCGAGCUGGUGAAGGCGGCGAUUUGCGACGCGGAUCCGGAGACGCGCACGAACGGACGGCGCGCGUUUAACAAAUUGGACGAGGUGCAUCCGGAAGACGCGGAAAAACUGUUCCAGUCGGUCGACGCGUCGAAACAGAAGAUGUUGCGGGCCGCCGACGCCGGAUCUUCGAGCAAUUCGAUCAAUUCGGAACGAGGAUCCGUGCCGCUCAGAUCGAAAUUGUCCGGCGGAACUGUUGGCGCCCUCAGAAACGUUCCCAAUAUCUCGUCGCGUGAGUUCAAGCUAUUUACGACCUUUCGCUUCUCAAAAAGCGUUGUUUUCAGAAUUUCUGGCGCGUCGAAGCGCUUCUGCGAUCGAGCCCAAGCAGAUGACGAGAAUGACGACGUCCGUUUCGAGGACUCCGGUCGCCGCGCGUGUUCCCAUCGCCGCCGCGAGAUCCGCGAAAGUGGACACGUCGCCGGGCGGAUCGAAAUUCACUCGUCCGACGAUCGGAACGUUUGGACCACGGACCACGUCGAAUUUGAGAGCGCGCGGAUCGGUUCCCACUUCACAACGUGAGCAAUCGGGUCGUUUCGACUUUUGGACCACUUGCAAAUUUCGGAUGGAGACGGAAUAUUGCCAGUGGUCCAAAAGUUCAUGUUUUUACAAAAGCCCUUCAAAUUUUCUCCAUUUCAGCCGGAUCUCGCAACACUUCGCCGCCUCGCCGCUCGGGCGGACCCUCUUUUUCAUCGGACAUUCAGCGCGUCAAAUCGAAUCUCGGCACCGGCUCGUUCGUGAGCUCCUUGUCGACGGAAGAGGCGCGGAAGCUGCAGAAGGCGUUGGACAGCGCCAAGGAGAGUCUCGGACAGCCGUCGCGCACCGACGAAGACGAAUUUUUGCUGCCGAAAAGGCCGGCCGCUGGAAAACCGAAGACACCGCAGAAGAGCGCGUUGGACGUUUCGCGCGUCGAGCAGGUGAUCCGAGCGUGCUGUUCGACGUCUUCGAACGAGAAAAAGGAGGGAAUCAAGAGUCUCGCGACUGUCGUUUCCGAUCCAACGCUCAGCGAUAUCGAGGUCAGAAAUAUGGGAUCCACGCUGAAUCGUUUGCUCGCCGACGUCACCAAUCCGGUAUUUCUUCGUUUUAUAAAGUUUUCAUGUGAAAACGUUGAAAUUUUGCAGAGUGUGCUGGAGGCGGUCUCCUCGUUCGUCCAAACCCAUCAUUCGCGGCUCGGCGACUGGCUCAAACUCGGUCUCGGCAAACUGUUCACGAAAAAGGGUGCGGAGAUGAUGCCGACUAUGAAAAAGCCGAUUUCGGCCACAAUUGACACAGUUUUAAAGUCGUUCGAGCCGUCACUACAGCUGCGGUCGACGUGCGAGCUCAUGUGCGAUCCGAUUCAUUUGUUGAAUCCGAAAGCGCGUCAGGCAUUGCUCGAAUACCUCAAUGAGCUACUCGAAAAGCGGAUGGAGCGGGGCGCGCCGUUCAAUUCGAAAGAGGUCCGCGCGACGAUCAUGAAAAUGUUCUCGUGGAUGACGGAUUCGCGCGUCGGCCAACUAAUCACUCCGGUCGGCGAGAAAGUGCUAUGCUCGCUGUUCGCACUCAAUUCCGCCGAUUUUUCCGCACUUUUUAAUGAUUUCAACCCGGACUACCGUGAUUGGGCCUACCGGGUCCUGCAGACGCACGGACACAAUCAGCCGGAUCAGCAGGAGGUGGCCGACGAGAUGCGGGCGACGGCCGCACAAAUCGAGGACUUUGUGACCGCCCGUCAUCAUUACGACUCGGAGAAAUCGCCGGCGUCGCUUACCGGAGGACUUGCGGGGCUUUCGGCCAACAGACGCGUGGAUUUGGGACCGUUGAGACCGUUGGCGAACGAGCUGAAUCGCGAGGAUGAGAUGAAUUUGAACGAUUCGUUCGAUCGGCUCAAGGUACGACAUUCUGGCAUUUUUAGCGUUAGCGAUUUACCUAAAUUUUAAAGUCGGAACACUCAAAACCAAUAUUUUUGGCAUUUUUCAUCCACAUUUAAUCGAAAUAUUAGCGAUUUCCAAUCUAGAAAUUGCCUUUUUGCAGCUAAACUCAACGACGCAUCUGAUCGACGAUCAUUCGGAGCAGAAAAAGUACGUGUCGGCAAAGCUGGCCCAAAUAACGUCAGGCUCGUCGACGGAGCAGUUCGAAGGCCUACAGGCGAUCCAAAUGAUGCUCUCGGAAGGCUCGUUCACUCUGUGGGAGCACAAUUUCAACAAACUGCUCAUCUCGGUGUUCGACGUGCUCUCGAAGAGCGACGCGGACGCGAACAAAAAGACGGCGCUACGGGUGCUCACAAAAAUGUGCACUUGCCAGGCCGCGCGGCUGUUCGAUUCAAGCGAGAUGGCCAUCUGGAAGGUGCUGGACGCGGCCGUCAACUCGCAGGACGGCACGGUUACCGUCUCGGCCGACGACUGCCUCAAAACAUUGGCCACGCACUUGCCGCUCGCCAAAAUUGUCAACGUUUCGAAGACGAUUCUGAACGAAGAGGGACUGGAGGACGCGCGUGCCUCGUUGGUCCUCAAAAUGGUCAUGAAGCUGUUCGAUAAUCUGCAGUCCGACGAGCUCGAUCCCGUCGUCGAUGAACUCGCUCCGUGCGCCAUAAGGGUAAAAAUUUUCUUAGAAAAUUGUUUUCAAAAUUCCCGUUUCCAGGCGUACGACUCGAAAUCGUCGACGGUCCGCAAAUCGGCCGUCUACUGCCUCGUGGCGAUGGUGAACAAGUUGGGAAUGCGGCGAAUGGAGUCCCAUUUGCAGUUGCUCUCGAAGGGAAAACUCGAUUUGAUCCAAGUCUAUGUGAAUCGGGCCAUGUCAUCCAGUGCGCAUUCGCACGUUUGA